GUGUGUGACGAACUGACAGGAAUCGACAAACAAAAAAGCCAAUAGCGCCAAUAGCGAAAACACAAAUAUCGGCUGUAUUUUGAAAUCAAUAGCGAGAAGAUUCUUACAAAUAUCAGCUGGAUUUUCUUUAUAUAUAUAACAUUUUACAAAUAACACGUCAACAUUUCUUUCAGUCUUUGUCAGAAGAUCUCAACUUUUGCUGUCUGUUUUACAUCACAUUUCUAGUGGGCGGCUGCAAGAUCACGUGUUUCGACUUCUAUAUAUGACACGUCUGCAUUGUCGUCUGCUAGAUGUUUCGUAGACAGUUGAACCAAGAUUACAUAUUGAAAUUUGCCUUGAGAGAGGAUCAUCUAAACUUUGAAUUUCACGUCCACGAACUCAUUUUGAACUGAACGCUGUUGAAAUCGUUUUUGAUAUCAAACAUUGAAUCACAGAAGAGAAAUUGUUUCUUAGAGACUUACACGUUCUAAUCGCAACACCGAUUGAAGAAAGAGAAAGAGAGAGAGAAAAAAACUAGAAGAGAAAACAAAGAAACAAACAGAAACAAACCAACAACAAUCAAACAAAAUAAUACAAAACAAAAACAACAAACAAAAGAAAGAAACAAAUAUAAAACCCCUACAUUUGUCAGAAAUUCUUACAUUUUACUUUUAAAAUACACUCGCCAUGAAUAUUUACCCAGAAUUCAGUAUUCGCUCAUUGCAUAUCUGCAUCAUCAUGGGAGUUCUUGCAGUAAAUGUUGAUUCUCAGAGAUGCGGUUUGGGUCCAGUGACCUAUACACGAGUUUUUACCGACAAGGCGGUCGUGGAAGAUGCGCAGGUUACCAAAACGGGAAUCACCACUCGCGUCGGUUGCCUCGACGUUUGUGCGAGAAGCCUGGCCGAAGUCUGCACUGUAUUCGUCUUCAACCAACAACAACAGAUGUGCAAGAUCUACCAAAACAGUCUAAACCAACUGGCACAAGUCAACCAAACGGGAUCCGUGGGAUUCGCAUCCAUAUCAACUUUGGCUCGCAAUUUGAUCUAACAGUAGGGUCAGACUAUCAACUGCAAUGACGAAGUUGGGAAAAUCGACGGUUGCGUUGCAAUUCCAUCCACUCUCAACUUAUGAUGGGUGCGCUCAGCUUGACAAUGAAUCGGUUGUAGAAGUUGUGUACGACGAGAAUACGGUUGCGAGUGUGCUCAGACUAGCAACUGAAUAGUCGAAGAAGUUGGCUGAUCAGCGAGUUGGCCAACUCUGUUCUGGCAGUUGGUAAUCUGAUCCUAGGAUAACCGUAUAUUUCUGGGUUACGUAAUGCAAUGUGGCACAACUUCUGACAUGCUGGGGUGCAUGCAACUAACACUCUGACAUGAAGCGUGCCAUUAUGUGCAUGACGAUCAA